AUGGUAGCCAAAAUAAAUGAUUUUCUAUCGUUAUUCAAAAUAUUUAUAUUUACUUUAUUAAUAUGGAUUACGUAUUUUUCCAAUCAACCCUUUAUUUUGAGAAUCCCACGGAACAAGAAUGAACAGUUCAUCACCCCAUUCGUACUUAAAGUUACGAGGGUAUUAAAUGAAUUGAAUCAGUCACCGAGCCAAUUAGAAGCAUUGAAUAAACAAAAAGUUGAUAUUAUUCAAGAUGAAUCUGAUGUACCGAAGAAAAACGAAAAACUAAAAUUAUUCAAUGUAUUAUUCAAUUCGCCGCAAUCAUCACAAGACAAAAGCGACCCAUACAAUAUAAAAACAAAAUUAAAAGCCUUCAAAUAUGGUAUUAAUAUCAAAAAACUCGUUCAAAAAUUAGAAGGGUUCCUUCACGUUGAUUAUGUAGUUAAUGAAUUAACAGGAGAUCGCAGCAUUAAAAAACUAAUUGAUGAAUUACAAGAUUUUAAUGGACUUCAUGACUUAAUUAUUGUAUUAAAAUAUUCAGACGAUCCCGAAUUAACUAAACUGUUAUUUACUUCUAACAAUUUGGAAAAAGUACUUUUUGUAUUAAAUUAUUUCAAUAAUGUCUGUAGAAAUGUAGAUGGUGAAUGUACUUCAGAUAAUGAGCAAAAUAAAACAAAUUCCAUAAGCAAAAAAAAAAAAAAUCCAAUAUUAUCCUUUUUAUUUAAAAUAAUAGAUAAUAUUUAUGAUAAAAUCAUGGUAAAUGGUGCCCUAAAAUUAUAUAAAUCAUAUAAGCUUGGAACUUGGUUUAAUAAAGUGACUUCAACUAUUUCUUUUUUCUCUAAAAUGAUAAUUCCUGCGAUAAUGGGGGCUAUAUUAGUAACAAUGUUGUCUUAUUUAAAAGGAAUCGUAUAUUACGUAGCAUCUGUCGUUAUCAUAAUAUUAUCACUUGCAUACAUCCUGGAUAAAACAAUAAAAUCCUAUAAUUACGUCGUAGAAAAAUAUAAGUUUAUACCUUUGGAGGUCCAAAUAGAACUAAAAAUGGAAUAA